GGUAAUCUAAGUUGACGUGACUUGACGUCAUAAACAGAAACAACAAGUGAACAAAUAUGGCGUCGAUUCGAUAACAAGCUGUGUAAAGACAGUUUAUCUACCUAAGAUGUUUCUCUGUCCGAACAGAAAACUUAAAACAAAAGAACUAUCUGCGGAGGAAGUAAGGAAGUAUUUAAAAACCCAUCCGAAAGUCGUCGAAGAAUAUUUGUUGAAGUCUUCUUCAAUUGAAUUUCUAGAGAAGCUUAUAAAACAAAAGAAAAAACUAGUGGGUCAAAAUGUGUUCGAUAAUCUUCGCUCGGAUUCUACUGCGAAGAAAUACUUUCACAGAGAUUCAGUUUCUACCAUCUUUACUGACACUGGCAUGAAGGCGAUGUGCAGAAAGAUCGUUUCCUGCAUACAAGACGAAGACAUCUACAAACAAAUAUUCGACAUCUGCCAGAUCAUUUCCGCGGCCAUGGAAGCAGAAGCAUGUUUGGUUUUUAUCAUGGAAAACACGGAGGUGGAUUUAGCUUUGUACACACCAGAGACGGGUCCUUUGCACCUUGGCCCUAUCGAACCGUCUUAUACAGUUCCGGCAUACGUUGCCGUCGAGGGAAGGACGUUGGUUGUGUCAAACGUUCAUAAAGACAGGCGGUUCCCGUUGGGCGUCUGUAGCAACAAGUACAAAGAAUGUCACGCACUCUGCAUUCCAAUACUUUUGGACAGCGGGAGCGUUUAUUGCGUGAUCGAGUUUAUACGUACAAAACUUGAAAGAACAUUUGACGAAUACGACUUUGAAAUGGCGACUGGAAUUUUUAGCUGGAUAAUGGCGUGUGUACAGAAAAUGAAAUUAAACAGGAUGUUAAAAAUCCAAGAAGCUCUGAACAACUUUCUCCUAGAAACCACCAAAGUCAUGUUUGAUGACAUGGAGAACAUAGACCUUCUCAUCACCAACAUCAUGACCUUCACCAAGGAUCUCGUCUGCGCAGACAGAUGCUCGCUCUUUCUAGUCGACGACGAACGGGAUGAGCUGUAUGCGGACUACUUUGAUGAAGGCAAGAUGAGCACCGAGGGGCUUCCCAUCUACACCAAGAAGUCGCAGAUCCGGUUCCCGCGCGACAAGGGCAUAGCCGGCUUCGUGGCUCGAACCGGGGAGGUCGUGAACAUCAAGGACGCAUACAAGGACGACCGCUUCAACACUGACAUUGACAAGCGUACCGGAUAUACCACGCGGAACAUCCUGUGCAUGCCCAUCAACGGGAAGGACGGCGUGCUGGGAGUGGUGCAGAUGAUUAACAGAAAGAACGGCGACCACUUCACUCUCGAGGACGAGUCAGCCUUCAAGCUGUUCGCAAUCUACUGCGCACUCGCCCUCCACUACUCCCGGAUAUACACGCUGCUCUCGCACAAACAUAUGAAGUACCAGGUCGCCAUGGAUGUGUUGAACUACCACAUAUCGUGCUCAGACGAUGAAUACAAGGCUUUGUUGAAGGCGCCAGAAAUAGCCGAAAACCUGAUUCCGGCUGACUUCGACACCUAUGACUUCUGCUGCUACGAUUACACGGAACAUCUGCCAAAACUCUUUAUAAAAUUAAUACAAGAAACUUUCACAAACACGUUCGAGAUGCGCAAGCUCUGUCGCUUCAUACUGACGGUCAGAAAGAACUACCGUCCAGUUCAGUACCACAACUGGGAGCACGGGUUUCACGUGGGGCACUCCCUCUGGCAGAUGAUUCGGAAAUGCAAGUUUCAGUUUACGAACCUGGAAAAGAUGGCGCUUAUUAUAGGUGGCGUCUGUCACGACAUCGAUCACCGCGGCUACAAUAACGAUUUCUUUAAGAAGCUGAAGCUCCCUCUAGCGGCGCUGUACUCCACUUCCCUUAUGGAGGAACACCACUACAAGCAGAUGAUCACGAUAUUGCAUGCGGAGGGCCAUGAGAUAUUCUCAUUCCUGACCGCAGACGAACACAGACUAAUCCUGGACUACAUCAGGAAAAACAUCAUAGCGACGGAUCUGUCCCUCUACUUCACCAAUCAGAAGUUCCUGACAGGCCUUAUCGAGAGGAAAGAGUUCAAUCCGGAGGUGGGUGCCCAUCGGCACGGGCUGCUGGCGCUCAUGAUGACGGGAGCGGACCUGUGCGCCAUCGCCAAGCCGUGGCACACCCAGCAGCGGACGGCGAAAUUCAUUUACGAUGAGUUCUUCAUGCAGGGCGACGAAGAAAAGAAGCGUGGUCUGCAGCCCAUCCCGAUGAUGGACCGUCAUUACCAGGACGACAUUCCUAAGAAUCAGAUCGGAUUCAUCAGUUUUAUCUGCAAGCCCCUAUACACGACACUGAGCGUUCUACUUCCGGGAACCAAGCGUCUAUUGGACGGCACCAUCACGUCCAUGGACAAAUGGAAGGUAGAAAUGGAGGAGCAGAAGGCAGCCCGGGAAAAGGCGACAAAGGAACAAAGCGCAAGAGCGGAAUAAUAAAUUUGGAACUAUUAAAUAUUUACUUUUUAUAAUUUAUAUAUUUUUAUAUAGUUUAUAUGAAAUAAGUCGAUAUUUCAGGAAUUUUAGAACGUUAAUUUAGAUAUCAUUUUUUUACGAGUGCAUUAGAAGAUUUACGAUUGGCUGGAACGUGAUUUAAAUACAAGAAGUUAAAAUUAA